GUCAAAAUGUACAAGGUGAAGGAGCUGCAACUGACGCAGGAUAGCUUCGAUAAUCCCAUUUUCAGCCUGCACUUGCGCUGUUUUCGCUGGUAUGGCUAUGUGGCCUCCAUUGAGCAGCGCCAUCCGUGGCUCUCGCUGAUCCGCUGCACCAUCUUCACGGCCUCCAUUUGGGUGAGCUGUGGGAUGAUGCUCUCGCGCCUCUUCUUCUCCCGCGGCUAUGAGAGCAUCAACGAAGACGCCACCAGCUGGGCAACUGCGGUACAAUACUUCGCCGUCUCCAUUGCCACGCUAAAUGCCUAUGUGCAGCGAGAGCGCGUCAUCAGGAUGCUGCGCACAGCUCAUGCAGAUCUGCAGCAAUUGAUAAUCGAGUCCGAUGCGCAGGAAUUGAAUUUGCUGCAAGACACUCAACGCUAUGUGAGGACCAUAACCUUUUUGCUCUGGGUGCCCUCGGUGGUGGCUGGCAUGAUGGCCUAUUUGGAUUGCAUUUAUCGCAUCAUCUUUUUGCCAAAGACCGUUUUCAACGUGGAUGCGGUGCGACGGGGCGAGGCUCAGCCCAUUUUGCUCUUCAAGCUCUUUCCCUUUAACGAGCUGUACGAUCAGUUUAUCGUUGGGUAUCUGGGGCCGUGCUAUGCCCUGGCCCUGGGCAUUACCACAAUUCCCCUCUGGCACACUUUCAUCGCGUGCCUCAUGAAGUAUGUGACGCUCAGGCUGCAGGUGCUCAAAAAACGGACACUCGCCAUGGAUAUUAGACAUCUAAAGCCGAAUCUCGUGGAUCAUCACUUGAGUCCGAACGAACGAAUUUAUUGGCAAAUGCAGCUCUGCAAAUACUUUGUCCAGGAGCAGCUGAAAAUACGUGAAUUUGUCCGGCAAAUCGAGCGGCUCAUUCGCAUACCUGUGAUGGCCGACUUUAUCAUAUUCUCUAUACUCAUUUGUUUUCUGUUCUUUGCGCUAAAUGUGGGCGUGCCCAGCACUAUGGAUUAUUCCUUUAUGUUUCUCUAUUUGUUUGUCAUGGCUGCGAUCUUGUGGAUCUAUCAUUGGCAUGCGACUCUAAUAGUUGAAAGCCAGAAUGAAUUGUGCUUUGCCUUUUAUGAUGUCGAUUGGUACCAGUUUGGCCUACCUGUACAGAGGAUGCUGCUGCUAAUGAUGAUGCACACCCAGAGGCCAUUGAAGAUCCGCGCGCUGCUGGUCGAGCUGAAUCUGAAAACCUUUCUCGAUAUUAUGCGUGGCGCUUACAGCUAUUUCAAUUUGUUGCGUAGUACGAAUUCGUAUUAGAUUUGCUUUACCACUCGCAGUGCGCUUUUCGCUCUGCACUAAUCAA